UUAUUUUUUUAACUUUUAUAUUUUUUUAAGUUUGUUCAAGUUAAUUAAUACCUCAUUCUUUCUUCACCAGCCUUCAAUUAAAACAGCAGAAGAUGACCAGAGUAUGUGAAGACAACCAUUAUUUCUGUACAAAACAAACAACAUCAUAAUUAGUAUAUGCUUUAAACUUUCAAGAUUCACCACCACCACCACCGCCGCCGCCGGCGCCACCGCAUCACCACCGUGAACCACCACCGUUGAGCUCACACCAAUCUCAUUUCUUCAACUUUUAAUAAACAAAAAUUUGUUUUUUUUUUCAAGAAACAUCUAGGGUUCUUGAUUUUUUAUUGAUCCAACAACUACCCAGAAGCAGAUUCUUCCGAAAAUCAAAACUUUUUACUUGUUCUUGAAUACCCAUUUCAUUUCUUGCAAAAUUGAAUCAAGAAACCAGUAAUUUAGCCCCAAAUUCUUGAAUCUUGACUGACCCACAAGCUAAAUCUUGAAAAAGUUUCAAUAUUUAAUCUUUCUUGAUGAUUGCAUUUCAAAUGGGUACACAAAGCAGCAGCGUUGAAGAUGUUUUCACUGAUCUUUAACCAAUGAGAAGCUUAUUACAACAAUGCUGCUACUUGACCACUGGUCUUCUGUUGCUGCUGGCUGCUUUUCAGCCGCCAGGGGCUGCAGCCGCCACAACAGAAAAGGAGAUCUUGCUUCAGUUCAAAGGUAACAUUACAGAUGACCCUUACAAUAGUUUGGUUUCAUGGGAUUUGAAUACAGAUCAGUGUAGAGAUUAUAGUGGUGUGUUUUGUGAUUCUUUUGGGAAUGUGUAUAAGAUUGUGUUGUGGAACACUAGUUUAGCCGGUGUGUUAUCGCCUGCAUUGUCCGAAUUACCAUCUUUAAGGAUCCUCACCCUGUUUGGGAACCGAUUCACCGGAAACAUCCCACUGGAGUUUGAAAAACUCACCACUUUGUGGAAGAUCAAUGUGAGCUCGAAUGCGUUAUCGGGUCGAAUCCCUGAGUUUUUAGGGGAUUUACCGAGCAUUCGGUUUCUUGAUCUGUCGAAAAACGGGUUCGAAGGACCGAUUCCGUCGUCUUUAUUUAGAGUUUGUGACAAAACAAAGUUCAUUUCACUGUCCCAUAACAAUCUUUCCGGUGAAAUUCCGAUUAUUAUCGACAAUUGCUUGAAUCUCGAAGGGUUUGAUGUGUCGUUCAACGGUUUAAGGGGUGGAUUCCCUUCACAGAUUUGUGAAAUUCCGAAUCUUGUUUAUUUGUCUGUCAGAAACAACAUGUUGACAGGCAGUGUUGAAGAACAGAUCAAAAGUUGUCAAAGACUCGAACUUUUGGAUCUUGGCAGCAAUCUUUUCUCGGGAAUUCCGCCUUUUCACGUUCUUCAGUUCGCAAAUCUGAGCUAUUUUAACAUUUCGUAUAACGGGUUUGAUCCGCAAGUUCAAAAGAUUCAAACUUGUAGUGAAAGAUUAGAAGUUUUUGAUGUUGCUGGCAACAGUUUCGAAGGCGAGAUCCCUAUGAGCGUUGUUACACAAUGCAGUGGGUUGAAGGUUAUAAACAUGGGGUAUAACAGAUUAAACGGCGAAAUCCCGGUUGAGAUUUCGAAUUUAAAAAGACUUACAGUGAUUAAAUUGGGAAAUAAUUCGAUAAAUGGUGAAAUUCCUGAAGAAUUUGGAUCCAUUGAGCUUCUGCAAGUUCUUGAUCUGCAUAACCUUGAACUUGAAGGCGGGAUCCCGGAUUCUUUAAGCAAUUGCCGGUUUCUUCUCGAGCUGGAUGUUUCCGGAAACUCUUUGCGGGGACAAAUCCCAGAAACAUUUUACAACAUGUCAUACCUUAGAAUCCUCGAUCUUCACAAAAACAACCUUACCGGAACAAUACCGUCACCUUUAGGAAAUCUUUCCAAGAUCCAAACAUUAGAUCUGUCCGAAAAUUCAUUAUCCGGGUCAAUCCCGUUUUCUUUAACAAAUCUGUCGAACUUGAACCACUUCAACGUCUCCUACAACAACUUAUCGGGUCGGAUCCCGUCAUUUCCAAUCCAAAGUUUCAAUUCCUCCGCGUUUUCCAACAAUCCGGAACUAUGUGGGGCCCCAUUGGACCAAUCUUGUUCGGGAGAUUCGACAAAUUCUGAAUCAAGAAGGCCGAAACUAAGCGUUUCAACUAUCGUUGCCAUUGUUGCUGCUUCGUUGAUCUUGAUUGGAGUUUGUUUGAUAACUGUUAUGAACAUGAAAGCUCGAAGAAGAAGAAGACGAGAAGAUGAAGCGAUGAUUAUCGAAAGCACACCUUUAGCUUCAUCAGAUUCUAAUGUAAUCAUUGGAAAACUGGUGCUUUUUAGCAAAACUUUGCCAUCGAAAUACGAAGAUUGGGAAGCCGGGACGAAAGCGUUGCUCGAUAAAGAUUGUUUAAUUGGAACGGGAACGAUCGGAAGUGUAUACAAAGCCGAUUUCGAAGGCGGGAUUUCAAUAGCAGUGAAAAAGAUUAAAGCUUUAGGAAGAAUCAAGAGUCAAGAUGAAUUCGAGCAGGAAAUCGGACGGUUAGGAUCUCUCCGACACGUGAAUCUUGUAAUAUUUCAAGGGUAUUAUUGGUCUUCAACUAUGCAAUUAAUCUUAUCCGAUUUCGCCUCGAACGGAAACUUGUACGAUAAUCUACACGGGGUCGGUUAUCCCGGGACAAGUUCGGGUGUCGGAAACCACAACUUAAACUGGCCGAAACGGUUUCGGAUUGCUCUAGGGACCGCAAGGGCGUUAUCGUACAUUCACCAUGACUGUAAACCUCAGAUACUCCAUCUCAAUUUGAAAUCAAAUAACAUCUUGUUGGAUGAGAAUUACGAGCCGAAACUUUCGGAUUACGGGUUAGUCAAGUUGCUGCCAUUGCUCGAUAACUACGGGUUGACCCGAUUUCACAAUGCAGUUGGAUAUGUUGCGCCCGAAUUGGCUCAGAGUAUGAGGUUGAGUGACAAAUGUGAUGUGUAUAGUUUCGGUGUGAUCUUGUUGGAGCUCGUUACGGGCCGGAAGCCGGUGGAGAGCCUCGGCGGCAACGAGGUGGUGGUUUUGUGUGAAUAUGUUCGGGGUUUGAUCGAACGGGGAAGAGCGUCGGAUUGUUUUGAUAGAAGUUUAAGCGGUUUUGUUGAUAACGAACUGAUACAAGUAAUGAAGUUGGGGUUGAUUUGCACGUCGGAAUCGCCUUUGAGAAGACCGAGCAUGGCGGAGGUGGUUCAGGUUCUCGAGUCUGUGCGGGCCGGGUCGAGGCCCGGAUCUGGAUCCGGGUCAUAUUAGUUGGGCUAGGGAUAUUCUUUUGUAUUCAGUUUAUGAUCAACAUUACUGAUUGUUUAACGUAAUUUGUCUUCAAUAAGAUUCAUUCAUUAUUGAUCA